AUGCAGGAGUACGACAAAAUCAUCUCGGGCCGUGUAUGCCAGGCUCGCUGCGAUGGAAUUCUCGACCAGUUUGGCCAUGAGAACCAGAAGAGCAUGCGAGCAUCGGGAGUUGACGACGACGCGGACGACCUGACGAAGCUCAAACAAGAUGUUCAUGACCAACGUGAAGAUGCAAAGAGCAAGCGAACAAGGAAACGUGAAAGUGAACAAGACCGUCAAGACGAGCUUGACCUUGCGGGCGAAGGGGCAUGCAACGAGGCCGAAGAGCGUGUGUCGAAACGAAUGACCCUUGGGAAUAAUCCCACGGCGUCCAAAAGGGACACCGGCCACGAUCCAACGGAUCUUUUGUUGGCGUUUGAAACCAAGCGCCAUGAAGACGACCAUGCCUAUCGUAUGCAACGCCUUAAGUUUGAGCAGGAGGAGCAAGAAUAUCGACGAAACGAGCAGCGGCAAAUGGCUAAGCUUCUUGAAAAACACAUCGACAAAUUGGGUGAUUAA